AUGAGAGUCAGGGCAAUGGCUCCGGACCCCACUGGACCCUGCAGCUGUACCAGUGAGCAAAACACUCCAGCACCAGUCCAUCACAGCCAGAGAGGAGGUCUUGUGUGCAGAGGAGCUCGCCUCUGCCAGCUGAUAGGUGGCACUGUGACACUGCUCUGCCUGGUCAUUGUUGCUGUCCUCAUCUGGUACUUCCUGGACUUGCGUGUGUGGCAGCAGGAGCAGCGGGUGCACAGACAGUUCACCUCCUCUGUGCUCUUCUUAAACUCCGUGUUCUCCUCUGAGCUGUCCUCCAGGAGCAGUGAGGCCUUCAGGAGCCAGGCCCACACUCUCCAGCACAUGAUCCACAGUGCUGUCGGUGGCUCGUCUCUGGCCCCGUACUUCAACCAGUCCACUGUGCUGGCCUUUGGCAGGGGCAGUGUGCUGGUGCUCUUCUGGCUGCUCCUGAGGGUCCCCAGUAGUCACGUGUCACGGGUCAGUGUGGACAUGGUCACCCAGAGCCUUCAGCAGGGUCUCCAAGUCUACAUGUCUCAGGGCGGGGUCCCAGACACGUACCUGCCGCACCUGCCCUCCCUCCAGGUCACCGACUGUGACACAUACACAGAGGUCAGGUCUGCGGGGCCCACAGCUCUGCCGGGGCCCCAACCCCACUGUGCAUCCUGCAGGUGGAGGCUCUGGGGCCCCUCCGGCUCCCUGCUGCAGCUGCACAUCCAGUGGCCCCCGUGCCAAGGGCCCCUGCUGGUGUAUGACACGCUCCUGCCGUCGGAGCACCUGCUCAUCACCAGAGUGGCAGCCUGCAGCCCUCAGCACCCGGGGGCACUCAUCGUCUCCUCAGGCCAGGCCAUGACAGUGGUGUGGGAGCGAGAGGGGGAGGAGGGGGAGGAGCGCAUCUCUCUGUCCGUGCGAGCUGUGGAGGUCCAGGGCUGCUCAUCCACACUGGAGCUGUCGCCGGCACAGGGUCCAGUCCAGGGCACCCUGAGGACUCCCCUAUUCCCCGGCUACUACCCCCCCAACACCACCUGCAACUGGACUUUUCAGGUGUCCAGUCCAGGUCUGGGUCUACGUUUGGACUUUGAAGGCUACAAACUGAGCCCAGCCUCUCCUGAGCAGAGCUGUGAACAGGGCCAGUGGAUCAUCAAGGAGCGCAGAUUGUGUGGCAGUAGGAUUCCUCAGGCGUACAGUGAACGUGUCCCUUUGUUGUCCUGGAGCACCAGUGUCCUCCUGUCCUUCGUCCUGCCCCAGACUGGACCAGGACUCCAGGUGUCCUACAGUGUCUACAACCUGUCCCAGCCGUGUCCUGGGCAGUUCCUGUGCUCUGUGGAUGGACAGUGUGUUCCAGAAUGUGAUGGCAUCACAGACUGUCCCAACGGCCUGGACGAGAAACACUGUGAGUGUGUAUCAGAGUUCCAGUGUUCAGCACACACCCCAGGAGUCGGCCCUCAGUGUGUGGACUACUCCAGAGUGUGUGACGGACACAGAGACUGCAGCCUGGGCUCCGACGAAACCCUCUGCUCCACAGUGGUGCCGUGCUCUGACAGGACCCACAUGUGCGCUGACGGCUCAUGUUUGAAGAAGCCUAACCCUCGCUGUGACCAGGUGGAGGACUGCCCUGACGCCUCUGAUGAACACCACUGUGAGUGCGGUCUAGUGCCCCCUUCUGGCCGCAUAGUGGGAGGGAGCGAUGCGUCAGAGGGGGAGUGGCCGUGGCAGGCCAGUCUGCAGGUGGGAGGUCAGCAUGUGUGUGGGGCUGCUCUGGUGUCCAGUGUGUGGCUCCUGUCUGCGGCUCACUGCUUCUCUGAGCUCAGCCUGCUCCAGCCCGGCCUGUGGAGCGUGUACCUGGGCAAAGUGCUGCUGGACCAAGCCAGUCCCCUGGAGGAGCGGAGGAGCCUCCAGCAGAUCCUCCUGCACCAGUACUACCAGCCCCACAACCACGACUAUGACCUGGCCCUGCUCAGACUGGAGCAGCCCUCGGGGGCCCGGCCCAUCUGUCUGCCCCCUUCCACCUACCUGCUGACCCCCCGCAGGGUGUGCUGGGUCACCGGCUGGGGCGCUCUGCGCGAGGGAGGCUCGGUCAGUAAUGUCCUGCAGAAGGUGGACGUGCAGCUGCUCAGUGAGGAGGCCUGCGUGGGCUCCUAUGGGCCCCUCAUUUCUCCCAGAAUGCUUUGUGCUGGAUAUGUUGGGGGACAGAAGGACUCCUGUCAGGGAGACUCUGGGGGGCCCCUGGUGUGUGAGGAGUCUGGGGGCCGCUGGUUCCUGGCUGGAGUGGUCAGCUGGGGCCAUGGUUGCGCGAGGCCUGGGUACUAUGGAGUGUACACCCGUGUCAGCAUCCUCUCCUCGUGGGUGCAGGAGCGCAUCUCUCCAUGAGCAGCGCCUG